GACAGACGGAAGGAAUGAGAAAGGGCGAAGGACUGGGGAGCCACUGACACACGGACAGACAGGGGCCCAGAGAGAGAGAGGACGAGAUGGAGGAAUGAAGGAAUCAUAUCAGGGAAUAAGAAAACGGCUGGAUUAAUAAAUCAAACCAUUACACUUUACAACCAGCGACACCGCAGAUGCCAUCUGUUUGGCAUCGGUUUGUGCAAUAAUCCCGUGUAUUGCAGCGAUUCCUUCAUUCAAGGAGAAAAAACGGAGAGCCACCUGGCUACUGUCAGAGAGCGGAGUACAAUGACAACCUGGUGAAUGUAGGAUAAUCUAUCUAACCAAUGGAAUGCAAUACAACCGGAAUAAAGGACCGUUCCGGGUGAGCAUCACCAACCGGGAGUGAUGAGAAGAACCACGGGGAGACAGGACCGUGUUUCUGCUGUCGCUUGUCAAGGGUAUUCUUCCUGUGUGUUGUGGACUGAACAUUUAUUCUUCCAGCACCCUCCUCCUCCCCGCCUCCACCGGUGUCGUCUGGGGGUUGUAACAUGGAGAGCUCCAGUGGCUCUGGGAUCAGCGAAUCCACCAAACCGCCAAACCACCAGUUGGAGAAGAAACGGUUAAACCGAGCAUCGUCUCCGGCCAGGCCGUUCCCGAAGGAUGUCCACUCCUUCCGCUCCUCGCCCAAACCAACGGUUAUCGUACCAAAAUCCCCCAAACUGACCAAGCAUCAGCACUCUUCUCCUGUGCCCGUGUCAUCCAAUCAAAGCCGCAUCACCAGGCGCACCCCAACCGGAGCGAAGGAUAAUAACAAACCGGCCGCAGUGAAAAGUCACAGCACCAAGUCUUCCACAGGCACGAGAAAGACUGUUAAGGUAAUCCAACAUGCAGCCCCGGAGCAUAAAACGACCGCCGCCAGCAAACCGACAUUGGACAGCAGUCCACACCUCGCCCUCAAAGCCAAGAAGAGUAAAAUAGCCACUCUGACCGCGUCUCACCACCGCCCACUCAGCCAUGGCUCACCAAUCCGCGUCCCAACCGGUGCUAUCCCUGUCGGCAGGGUCAGUCAGACGGACAGCAACUCCGAUCUCUCCGACUGUCCCUCUGAACCCCUAUCCGAAGAACAACGCCAGACCGCGGCCGCCAGCAGCGACGGGGAGUCUGGGGGCUCUGGGUCCAGCGACAGGGAUCAUGUGGGAGCGGAUUAUCCUCUGCAGGCAGGAGCAUCAGCAACAGACGCGGCAGGGGCUACUGUUUGUAGUGGUGGGGUUUCAUUGCGCACCGCGGAGGGUAGCGCGGAGGGUGCGGUAGUGGCAGCAGCGGGGAAAGGCGGCAUGUCUCAGGCUCCAGGAGCAGGUGCUCACGGUCACGGAGGAGAUGGGAGUAAACAGGAGAAAUCGUUAACAAGCGCAUCAUUUAUAAAACUGGAAUGCAGCAAGGAGAUAAUCGAGGAGGAUUUGAUACGGGAAAUUGAAGACCUACGUUCUGAAAACGACUACCUCAAGGAUGAAGUGGAGGAGCUGCGUGCAGAGAUGGAGGAGGCCCGGGACAGUUACCUGGAGGAGGAGGUGUACCAGGUGCAGGAGUUACAGAGGGAGCUGGACCGGUCCAAUAAGAAGUGCCGGAUCCUACAGUACCGUCUCCGUAAGGCGGAGCAGAAGAGCCUCAGAGUGGCCCAGACUGGACAUGUAGAUGGAGAGCUGCUACGCAACCUGGAACAGGACAUCAAGGUGGCCAAAGAUGUGUCAGUGCGUUUGCACAACGAGCUGGAGAACGUAGAAGACAAGAGGACCAGGGCUGAAGAUGAGAAUGAGCUGCUGAGACAGAGGAUCAUCGAGGUGGAGAUCUCUAACCAGGCUCUGCACAAUGAACUGGACAGAACCAAAGAGACUGGUACACGACGGAGAGGAAGCAGGGACACAUUUAGGGACAAGAAGUCUAUGAACCAGGAGGACAGUGCAGAUCUCAGGUGUCAGCUGCAGUUCUCUAAGGAAGAAUCCACCCUCAUGCGUAAGAAGAUGGCCAAGCUGGGGAAGGAGAAGGACAAGCUAGAGCAGGAGAUCCAGCAGUAUAAGUCAGUCUACGGGGACGUGGACAGCCCUCUACCCCUGGCAGAGCUUGCAGGCGGUGGGCCCCACAGCACCAGGGAGGCCGAGCUACGGCUCCGACUAAAACUGGUGGAGGAAGAGGCUAAUAUUCUAGGGAGGAAAAUUGUAGAGCUGGAGGUGGAGAAUCGAGGCCUGAGGGCUGAGAACGACGACAUCCGCUGCCAGUACGAGAGGGACUGUUUCGGCCGGGAGCCCUUCAGCAGCAUGCCCUCCUCUCCAUACGGCGGAGACGCUCUGGAGUCAGGGGAGCUGCGGCGCCACCUACAGUUUGUAGAGGAAGAGGCAGAACUUCUACGGCGGUCCAUCUCGGAGAUCGAGGACCACAACAAGCAGCUGAUCUCAGAACUGAACCGCUUCAAGUUCGGCCCGAGAGACGAGGAAGGAGAGGUUGGAGUGAUGAUGAUGAAGUCCGGUAAUGGGAGUAACGGAAGCGGUGUGGUGAUGAUGGAGGAGCUGAAGGCAGCCAGGAUGCAGAUAAACGAGCUCAGUGGAAAGGUGAUGAAGCUGCAGUAUGAGAACAGAGUCCUGAUGUCCACCGUUCAGCGCUGUGACCUGGCCCAACACCUGGGCCUCCGCACCGGCUCCCCACGGGACAGCGAUGCAGACAGCGACACCGGCCGCCGAGACUCCGCAGAGGAGGAAGAGACUGGGAGGCUCCUCCUUCUACACCCCAAGAGGGAGGGGCCUGUCGGUGGCGAGAGCGACUCGGAGGACCUCUUUGAGAAGACCACCACAACCUCUGGGUUUGGAAGUCACAAGCCCUCGGACGAGCUCAGCGGGCUCAGCGCCACCGAACUAUCUAAUCGUAGGCGAGAAGACCGUGAGACGUUCACGAAUGUCAAACGAGAAGCAGAGCGCCUUGGGAAGACCGUAGAUCGUCUCAUUAGCGACACGGAAAGUCUGAUCUAUGACGGAAAGAUUUUAAUAACAGGAGGGGACAGUUUGAGUCUGGCUCUGGAGGGCAUUAAAGAAGACACCACCCGCCUACCCGAUCCCAAACCAGACUCACAGCUCCUGGACACUAUCAACACUCGUAUGAAGGCCUUCCGCACAGAGCUCCAUAUCUUCAUGGAGAAGGUGGAUCACCUGGGAGAGGGCCUGAGGGAGAGAGGAAGUGACCGGGAUCGGGGAGAUGACCUGUCACCCUUGCCCAACCUCACUGAGUCUAGUAGCUUCCUGUCUGGGAUCACCUCCAUGUCACGAGACUCGCCCAUCGGCACCCUGGGACGCGACCUGGUCACAGAUUUCCAGGAUGAGGAGCGGAGGCGGCUGGAUCCGCAGGGUGUGAGGCCCAGGGGGGGUCUGGAUCUUACUGGCCUGCAGGCCCACGAGGCUCCCUGGGUCCAGGAAAGAACCCUACUGCAGCAGGAGGUCCGGUUGUUCAGACACAACACCAUCAUCUUCUAUAUGAAGCUACGCUGGAUCCUUAUGCACUGGAGGCUGGGGAAGAGGACAGAGGCAGGGGAGGAGACAGCACACUCAGAGAUGGAGGGUAUUCCAGAGCUGAUCUUGGAGCACGGAGAGGGAGAGACGGAGAGAGAGGACAGGGACAGGUCGUUUACCCAGCUACCUCAGAUAGACUGCUCCGAGCCUGACUCCACAACCCAACUCCCCUCCACUGAACGCCUGCAGAACCAGACACAGGUGGGGGAGAACCGUAGGGUGCUCCAGGCGGUGCGCUCCCUGUUAGAGGAGUUCAGGUCAGAGUUGAGGGAGGAGGAGAACAGGGGGUGCCAGCUGCAGAAGAACUAUGCCAAUGACAAGGCUUCCUGGGAGGUCAAAUGGGCAGAGAUGAAGUGUCACGUUGCUCAGCUGGAAGAGGAGAGACGAGAAGAGAAAGGAGAGGCCAGAGGGGAGACGCGGGGAGGAGGAGGAGACCCAGACUGGGCCUUUAAACAGGAGCGAGAGGAGCACCGUUGCCUCCUGGCAGAGAGCCACAGCACCUCCCUGGAUCUCCACUGGAAGCUGCAGCAGGGAGAGAAGAGGUGGGGGCGGGAAAGGAGAGGCCUACUGGAACGCUUCGACCAGGAGAGACAAGAGUGGGACAGCAACAUGAGAAACAUGCACCACGAAAUGGAGAGGCUACAGAGAGAGCUUAACGUACGGAGAGGCAGCGAGGGCUCACCAUCCGACAUCAAAGAAGGGGAGAGAGCAGGAGGACACAGGGGUGUCUUUUCCCCCCAGGAGAGCCCAUGCAAGGCCCCUCGCUCCCCAAGGUCACCACGCUUUCCUCGCUCUGCCAUCCCAGGUCCUGUUUCCCUCCCCACCCGCUCCCACUCCGACUCGGAGGCCCAUGAAGAGCAGGGGGCUGUAGUGAGGUUCAGAGGCCCAACCGAGAACCUUUUCCUGGACGCUCUGACACUGGACCCCCUGGGUGGCCUGAAGGGCCCACCUCCCUGCAGACUGGACUCUGACAAGAGGUUCCCCUGUUUGAACCAGGCUCUGAAUGAGAUCCCAGACAGAGAAGGCCCCUCGAAGUACCAGGAGGAGGAGGAGAUGGGUUUUGGCAGCCUGCUCAGGGCUAAGUCGGUCUGUUCCAUGAGUGACUUCCAGCGUCUGAUGGACAGCUCUCCCUUCCUGCCUGACAAGGGUCGUCAUGGUGACCGUGGCCGUGACGACGUGACUCCGCCCCUGUCACCUGACGACCUGAAGUACAUUGAGGAGUUCAACAGUAAGGGUUGGGACUUCCCUGUCCCUGGCCCAUCCCCAACACCAGGCCACCACACCCCUACAGCCAUGGAGGCCUGGGCAGAACGGCCCGCUUCAGAACCAUUCCAGCCGGCCUCGUGGUUCCUAACCACCAGCGCCACUUUGACCACCGAUACCCAAUCCAGCCACGAGCCCCCCUGCCCACCACACUGCCAGCGCUCCCCACUCAGGGGAAACGGGGGUAACAUAGGAGGGGGAGCAGGGGUCCACGUCUCCCACAGCCCCACCCGAUCCCCCGGGCCCUCUGAUCAAGACUACCUGUACCCCAAAGGAACUAAGGGACAAGGGGGUGGGGGUGUUGGUGAGGUAGGGGGUGCCUCCGGGAUUGGGGGAGUAGGAGGUCCAGACGAGGUGUUUGGUGAUGGUAGGUGGCCUCCUUCCUGUCAUAAGGAGUUAUUAGAGGGUGGGGCGGGGGUUGGGGGUCCCAUCCCCACGGUGGGGUACGCCUCGUCUCUGGAGCUGCAGCUGUCACGGAACCUCAGUGAUGACAUGAAGGAGGUGGCCUUCUCCGUUAGGAACUACCGCUCUGGCACCUCGGACCACCUGGAGCAACAGAGACAGCUCCGAGAUAUGGCGUGUCAGACAAAUGGUUUCACCACUCGGGGAACCCAGACCACUCAGACCAUCAGCGUGGGGUUACAGACAGACAUCUUCCGCACCCUCACCAGCUCCCCCCACCGCUGCCUCACCCCUAAAGGAGGCUCCACCCCCAUCUCCUCCCCCUCCAGAAACAUCCGUAAGAUACAAUACUCCCCUGUAGUCCAGUCCAAGUUCGAGCGUCCAUGUUGUUCUCCUAAGUACGGCUCCCCUAAGCUCCAGAGGAAGCUGUCAACAUCAUCGAAGGCUGACCUCCAAGGUGGGGCCUCAAGCUCCACGGCCGGCCCCAGGGCCCCUACCCCUAACCCCCAGAAGGGUGCCUCUGAGUCGGCCUGGGCUCGCUCCACCACCACCAGGGACUCUCCGGUCCACACCACCAUCAACGACGGCCUGUCUUGUCUCUUCAACAUCAUAGACCACAGCCCCGUGGCCUACGAACCCCCGCAGUGCAAAUUCACCAAGUCCCCCAGCCGCUCCCGCCCCACCCCCCUUGACCCCUCACCUCCUGGUGAACCCGGUGGUCCCAGUCUACCCCCCUCAGACCUCAAAGACCCAAGAUACCUUGGAGCUGUCCAGGAGUUUCUGAGGAAUGUCCGCGGGCGUUCUCCCAGCCCGGUGCAGCUGAUAGUAGAGACCCAGGGAGGGCCGGGGGGGACAGGGGGGGAGAGGACACCGGAGGUGCUCAGUAUACGCCAGGACCUGUCUGCCCCGCCUGGAUACACGCUGGCAGAGAACGCAGCCCGUCUGCUGAACAAGAAGCUGUUGGAGCAGAGCUUCAGGGAGGAGAAGAGACUGGGGUCUGGAGGGACUGGUGGGUCCUCAGCCCAGGGACAGGGAGGCUACACUAGAGAGGGGCGACAGGCGGAGGGAGACAGGAACCAGUCGGGGUGUUUGGAGGACCUCCCUCGUUCCCCGGUGGCUCCACCCCUGGAGUCGUGUUUCCUGCGUCCGGCGAGGCCAGCCAACCGCCGCCCCCCCUCCCGCUGGGCAGUCCGUUCUCCCUCCUCCUCCCCCCGAGGCUGGCACGAUGUCACAGGCCGGAGGUUCACCUUCCCCAUGUUGACUGGGACCAGUAAGACUGAAGCCACCUGUAUGCUGGAGCUGGACGAGACUGGACCAGGAACAGGAACAAGACUGGAACCAUCGUCUUCUGCAUGAUAGAAUCGUUGCCCAUUACCCUGUUCUCCUUAACUCCCUUAUCUUGCUCAACUCUCUUCCUCUUCCCCUCCCUACUCCUCUCCACCCUCACCUCCUCCUCUCCUAAUCUCCUCCCUCUCUUCCUCCUCCCUGAGCCUGUCCAGACUGGGUACCUCAGACCCCCCCCUUCUUUCAUAGGAAGGAGUUGUAAAUCGGGGGCUGAGACCCUGUAGCACCAGCUGACCAACCAGGAAGAAAAAGAACUGGAACUUAGAACUCUGGAAUGUACUGUAACCAUGACAUCAAAAACAUUGUCAUCAGAGGUGCCUGUACUUGAUUUACUCGUAGUUCCAGCUGAUAUGUGUAUAUGUAUGUUAGUCUUGUAAUGGAAACUUUUUGAGGUGUUGAAAGAAAACAUUCAAACCGUUAUUAUAAUACUGGUACCAACAUGGUUUUACAAAAGUUCUGUCUGUUUACGUUUUUUUGUUUUGUUUUGCAUUACAUGUCAUUUGUUAUAUUCUGUGUUUGUGUAAAUUCUCGGGUAAAACUUUUUUCUUGUUAAGUUGACCAUACUUUAUGUUACUGUUUGUUCCUUUCGAAGCUUGAAGUCAGACUACUCAGUUGUACAGGUAGAAGAAACAAACACUACUGUUUCAUGAUGUCAUUUACGAUGCUAAAUGUAUGUAUGUUUUUAUUUCUAUAUGUUGAAGUGAAUGUUCAACUCGGUAAACGUGUCGGAGGAGACAGGGAAAAUAGCUACUGAAUAACUUUUCUGCAUAUGUGGGGAGGCAGUUGUUGAAUGGCCCCCUACGCCCACGUUGAAAAAACAUGGUUUAAUUAUUAUAUAUUUUCUUUAAAGAGCAAGGUUGGGUUGUUGAUGUUGGGUUAUUUGGUGCUGGGUUAUUGAGCUUUGACCCUGCGGGUCAGAUCCGAAGACUGGGGGCGUAGUUUAGUACGGCGUGGCAUUCGGAUAGUUAUUUUUAGCCACCCGUGUGAGUAAAUGUUGGUACUGUUCAUCUGUUCUGUUGUAUAGGUAUCACAUGUAAAAGUUGAACAUGAGUUUCAAUGAGGUUUACAGAAAUGUACAAGUUCCCUAAAAGCCUAUGCAAAUCCAAUUGCUAGAAUAGAUACCACCUUAUUAUAAUAUGUAAUGAAUAAUCUUCAUAUUCUAGAAGAAUGUGUAAAAUACAACAACAAAAAAGGAACAAUUUAAUUUGCAGUAUGUAAACUUAGAGACGUGCUCCGGGCUGGAUGUGUCAAUGUGUAGUUCAUACAUGCAUAUUCUUGGAGCAGACCCCCAUGUGGGCCAAACCCAUAGCAAUUUGAGUUCUAGCUAAUGAUCUUCAGAGCCUAGCUAGCAAGAUGCACACACAGCAAAGGGAGAGAGAGGGCAGUGUCAUGGUGCACAUAUGUGAGGUAGUACGCAAUUUUCAGGGACCACUUUUGGAUCUUGAACGCUACUUUUCAGAACUACUGGAUAAAAUUUAUACAAAAGUACCCGGAGAAUCUCUUUAACACGAUACACCGGACUGACAUUUACUAUCACGGGUGGCCAAUAAGAUCGAACUGAAAGCCAAGCCGCUGAUAAGCCACACGUCCUGAAAAUAACCCGAAGGAUAACAUUCAAAAAGACCCAGCAGCUAGAUCAUCCCAGUGUACCCAGCUGAUGAUUAAAUUAACCCAUGUUUUGGGUAAAGAUGUUGUGUUUAUUCAUGCAACCCACAUGGCUGCGUCACAAUAACCCAGCGUUUAUUCUGUCCAAUAUUGAACCCAGCAAUGGGUUACCAAACAACCCAAAUUUAGUUAUUCAAACACAGCAUAUGUUUGUUUAGUUUUUUUUUAGAGUCGGCCAUGGUCUAAAGUAGUGCACUACGUAGAGAAUAGGGCUCUGGUCUAAAGUAGUGCACUACGUAGAGAAUAGGGCUCUGGUCUAAAGUAGUGCACUACGUAGAGAAUAGGGCCCUGGUCUAAAGUAGUGCACUACGUAGAGAAUAGGGCUCUGGUCUAAAGUAGUGCACUACGUAGAGAAUAGGGCUCUCGUCUAAAGUAGUGCACUACGUAGAGAAUAGGGCUCUCGUCUAAAGUAGUGCACUACGUAGAGAAUAGGGCUCUGGUCUAAAGUAGUGCACUACGUAGAGAAUAGGGCUCUGGUCUAAAGUAGUGCACUACGUAGAGAAUAGGGCUCUGGUCUAUAGUAGUGCACUACGUAGAGAAUAGGGGACAAUUUGGAAUGCAAGCAUAUCUGCAUGCCUUUGGAAAACACACUUUAGUGCAUAUGUACAUACAAGCUGCUGCUACUACUGUCACUGUGCUAGAUCACCCAGCUUAGAUAUAAAGACUAAACUAAGGCUAGGAUUUAAUUAUUUGCCUUUAUUUAUUUAAUCAGGGAGUCACCGGUGAGACCAGUCUCUCUUUUACGAGGGAGCCCCAGGGAGUAACCAUUGAGACCAGUCUUUUACGAGGGAGCCCCAGGGAGUAACCGUUGAGACCGGUGUCUCUUUUACGAGGGAGCCCCAGGGAGUCACCGUUGAGACCAGUCUUUUACGAGG